CAACUUUUACAAGGGAUUCAAAGCUGUUUUGGAAAAGUAAAAGUGUUAAGAUGAAUCAUUAAACUGUAAUGAAAUAAUAUCAGUAAAAAGUUUGAGCAUUGUGGAUUAGAUCAAAUAAAGUAUAAUUAUAUUUUAAUAGUUUACACACAAUGAUAAGUCUUGUUAUUGGUAAUAUUUCGAGCAAAAUUGCUGCCCGUGUUCACACCACUGUUGGAAUUGUUUUAUUCACACAUUUAUGAUUUGUACUCAUAUAUAUAGUUCAUUAUUAUUAUUUUUUUGUUCAUUCAUGUUUUGUGUGUGCAUAUGUGUGAUAGCGAAAACUCCGAAUGACAGACAAGUAACUAAAGCCAAUUGGAUUGUAAACUUGUCAGACAGAAAGUUAACAGAAGCAGAAGAAAGUGUACUGAUGAAAGGGAUGAACUUCAAUAUCAGCAACAAAAGAUUAAAACCUGAAGACAUCAUACCUGUAAUUGAAACAGCACUCGAAGGAUAUGACAAGCAAAAAGCUGAACUGGUACGAGCACAAUGUGCACUUACCUUAAAAAAGCAAAAAGCAGAAAAACCAAAUAUAACGAAAGAGGAACUAAAAGCACUUCAAGACAUAAAAGCAGACAAAUCCAUUGUCAUUACUCAAGCAGACAAAGGAAACACAACAGUAUUACUUAACAAAACAACAUAUAAUCAAAAGAUGAAUGAACAUCUACAAUCUGGACCCUAUACCAUAAUGACUAAAUCAGCUGAAACGAUCAUCAACAAAACAAUGAAAGAAACAGCAAAGGUAGUAAGACAAAUGAAUGAAGUAAUUGGUAAGUCAAAAUGGUUUGAAAUUAUGCCAAAAUCCUGUAAUGUACCUAGGAUAUAUGGUAAGAUAAAAUUGCAUAAAGAGGGAUAUCCAAUAAGACCGAUUGUAGACUUCAGAAACACACCAACGUAUAUGCUAUCCAGAUUUCUCUCGACAAUACUAAGACCGACAAGAGACAACUCAAAAGCUAGAAUAUAUAUAUUUUUUGGCCUGAAAAGACAGAACACAGUUAUCCGUAGAAGAAAUAAUAAAAGGGGUAGAAUUCUGUCUGACAACGACAUAUUUCACAUUCGAAGGAAAAAUAUACCAACAAAAUGAGGGAGUAGCCAUGGGAUCGCCUAUCUCACCAAUUAUAGCUGACAUAUUCAUGGAUUAUUGGGAGGAGAAUGCCCUUAAACCAUUCAGAUCAUCACUAAAAUGUUGGUGGAGAUAUGUAGACGACACACUAGUAAUAGUGAAAAAAACGAUACUGAGAAACUUUUAUCACACAUAAACAGACACGUCGACUCAAUAAAAUUUACUAUGGAACUAGAGAAUGAAAUUGGAGAACUGCCCAUGUUAGAUUGCAAACUACAAAGAAUGACAGAUGGUAGCAUAAAAACAACGAUAUAUAGAAAAGCCACACAUUCUGGAAGAUUCCUUGAUUAUUACUCAGCUCAUCCACUCUCGGUAAAACGAGGACUAAUACAAGGUCUUGCAGAUAGAAUACGUAGACUUACAACAGCACCAGAGGACCAGCGUAAAGAAAUAAAAGUCCUAUUCAAAAUGCUACUCGAAAACAACUACCCUAGAGAAUUUAUAAAAGAUAAUAUAAAAAAGAGAAAAAAGAGGGUAAAACCGGAGAAUAACAAGAAGGAAGAAUGGAGAAAAACAGUCGCAAUACCAUAUAAAAAUGGUACAUCAGAGGCAAU